CCUACACGAAACCGACCCUGUGCGAGUCGCGCUACUUUUCUAUCGUACCCUCACCCCUCACCUAAACCCAUCGUGUGUACUGGCUGGUGAGAGAGUUGAUUGGUGAACGAUGAUAACUGGGGGGGGUGCUAGUGGGGGCACCGCGACAUGAAGCGAGGCCUUCUCGGAGACUGGGUGCUUCUAUCAAUGCGCAAUCGCAUCGGAACGGUACGCGAAGUCGGGGAGGUCUGUGGUGAAGCGAGGAAUAAACACAGUGGAUAGUCCGCGCACGGCUCAGACAACGUCGAGGAGUGGGCAGCAGAGGGAGCAAGAGAGAGAGAGAAAGGACACAUAGUGGGAGAGAGCGAGGAGGGAGAGUGAGCGGGAGCGAACGAGACGGACGGUACGAACGAAGAGUGAGAGAGAAAGAGAGAGAAAGAGAUAGAGCGAACGAGCAGCCAGCGAGACGAUCACGAUGCACGGAGGCGAGCACAAGCGGCCAGGGGCACAGGGCUGAGGGCUGAGGGCUCGACGGGGCCUCGAGUAACGUUCACGGGCCGGCUGCGGCGCAGCCAACGAGCAAUGGAGCAGCCGAAGAUUCCGGCGUCCCGGCUACUCAUCACGAGCUGCAUCGAGAACAAGGACGAGUUGGAAGAGAAAUUGGAGAGAUGCCAUUCGAUGCUGCAAAAUCUAAUUGCAGGACUUACAGAGAAGGAAGUCCACGAUACGUUGAACAAUGCAGUAUGCAAGGACAAAACGCAUGAAGAGGUUUCAUUGGGUUUAUUAGUGGUGAUCUUGACAGAUUCACAGAAUGCUGCAAAGAGUUACAGAGACUUAACGUUAAUCACGCGAGAUGGCCUUGCCAUUGUGCUACUUCACCUUAAUCAAUUAGUAUUGGAGAAAUAUUUAAGAUUAAAUGAUGUCACUAGAAGUCAGCUGUUGUGGUUGCUGAGGGAAAUGAUAAGGACUAGUGUAACUAAUGUGGAUAAUCUUUGUUUAAGUUUGUUGAGGCAUGCUGCGGGUGGGGAUAUCUCUCCAAGAAAUUUAUUCCUUGUUGACGCUCUCUUAGAUAUUUUUCAAGAGAAUCGAGCGUGGUUGGACAAGUUCCCUUUUUUAGUAGCAUCAAUUGUAUACACGUAUUUGCGGUUAAUAGAAGACCAUAAUGCCCCUCACUUGGCUGGAUUACGGCAAAAGGAAGUGACCUUUACAGUGUCUCUGAUACGGGAGCGAAUGGCAGAUUGUCUAGCUAUUGGAAGAGAUUUGGUUCGUUUACUGCAGAAUGUUGCAAGAAUACCAGAGUUCGAGGCAUUGUGGAAAGAUAUACUGCUCAAUUCGAAAAGCCUCUGUCCAAAUUUUAAUGGUGUUCUUCAGUUGCUGCAGACCAGAACCUCGAGAAGAUUUUUACAAUCUCGCUUGACACCGGAUAUGGAGAGGAAACUCGUAUUUCUCACCAGUAAUGUUCGUUUCGGUAAUCACAAACGCUAUCAGGACUGGUUCCAGAGGCAGUAUUUGGCAACACCUGAAUCUCAAUCGUUAAGAUGUGAUCUUAUUCGAUUCAUCGUCGGAGUCAUACAUCCCACGAACGAGCUGCUGUGCUCCGACAUCAUACCGCGAUGGGCGGUAAUAGGCUGGUUAUUCACAACGUGUACCUCCACCGUAGCCGCUAGUAACGCAAAACUGGCCUUGUUUUAUGAUUGGCUAUUCUUCGAACCUGAUAAGGAUAAUAUCAUGAAUAUCGAGCCGGCGAUCCUCGUCAUGCACAAUUCGAUGAGAUCUCAUCCACCUGUCACUGCCACACUUCUAGAUUUUUUAUGCAGGAUAAUUCCAAACUUUUAUCCUGCGCUAACGGACAAGGUGAGAAAUGGGAUAUUUUCUUCAUUGCGACAAAUUUUGGAAAAACGCGUUUUGCCUAGUCUAUAUCCGUUAUUCGAUAGCCCGAAAUUGGACCGCGAAUUGCGGAGCAAGAUACGGGAAACCUUCAAGGAGUUUUGCCUACCACCGAAUACAGAUCCUGCAGGUAAUAAGGUUAUGAAAUAUUCAGGUAAAAUGGAAGAGCUCAACAAGGAGCACAAUCCAGGGACUGUAAUAGAGAAUACGACAAAUUCUACGAUGGAGAAUAAUCACGUGACACAGGAUACAGAACCAGCGUUUAGUGAUGAAGAGGAGGAAUCUCCUCUCAGGAUAGUAACAAAGGUGGAAGAUGAAGACGACGAGGAGGAUAUACCGUUGUCUACAGUAAAACUGAAAAAUGAUCAAAAGAAUGCAAAUUGUAUUGUGAAGAAGGAGGACAUUACGUCGCAUUUGCGUCUCAUAUUGGAGCCAGAGGAAUUGAGAACCAGUAUAGAGACAUUGCACACGGAAGGUGACAAUGAAGCGAGGUGUCAAACGAUGGAGAGGAUAGUACAAAUGGUCGUGGAGGAUGAAAUAGACGCUGAGACGAUACCCGCGUUAGCGUCUUGCAUAUCGACCAUCUUAUCAUCACAAAUCACGGCGCAGAUAUUUCCAUCGGACAAUUUGAAUGAGGAAGCGUUAGCCGAUAGUAUAAGCACUCCAUUGUUCGUUAUGUUUCGAAAUCAAUUUCAAUUGUGCAAAGAGGAGGAUAAUAGGCGGAAGCUGUUGGCUAGGGUGCUCGCAGAAAUGCAGUCAAUUCAACCACGAAUAGGUUAUCUCCUUCUUUAUUUUUUGAAAGUCUGGGGCAGAGAAGAAGAGAAACGAGAAGGCGAGCCGAGCAAUGUUUUGAAUGACGUUAAAGCGUCGGUGUACAAGGAUUUUUGUGCGCAGCGAGAAAAGAAAUUGGACAUAUGUCUGGUAUCGGACUUAAAGCUCUGCCAUGAAGAUAACAUAUUCAUGUUAUGUUACCUCGUACCCGAUGUGUACAUGGGAUUUCAAAACGUCGCCCUCGGGAACGUCCAACUAUUACAUCUGGUUGUUUCUACGGUGGACUCAUGCCAGUUGCAGGAUCUAGUUUGUAAAAUAAUGCAAGGCCAUCUGAAGAUGCUAAAGAAGGAAUCGUUCACUACGUUAUUGACAGCUAGCUUAAAUUGGGAAACUUUCGAACAAUAUUGUUUUUGGCAGCUCAUAUUCGCGCACGAUUUUCCCAUCGAUUACGUAUUGCCGGUUUUGCCGAAACUACAGUUUCGUAAUCACGCAGAGGCACUUACUUCGGUCUUGUUUAUGCUUAAGCAAGAAAAGCCAACGUUGGAUCUUCUACGACAACUGCUUGCUCGACAGAGCGUUGAUGGCGACAUGUUUGUCGUAGCCGUACUACGCUAUUGGUGUCGCGAUUACGAAGAGAAGCUUGGCGAGCUGCUCGCAAAUUUGCUUAGCACUCGUUAUCCCGCGACCAGUCCGAAUAAACGGAAACGUUCCGGCGCUAAACAGAAUCAACAAUCCGGUCCACCCACUGGCGAACAAGUUCUCGGUCAUUUGGACCAAUUACGUCAGCACUGCAUGUCCUCCGCGGAAUUACAGCUAUAUCAUUCGGAAGGUAUGCAAAGAGCGCUGCAACAGGCGCAAGCUGCAAGCAACGACUCGCUGAGGAAAAGCUACGGCGAUCUUUUUGCACUUGCCGAAGUAAACGAGGAGAAUGAACCACCGCCGCCAAGUAGUUCCGCAAGAAAACACACCGUUUCCUCCGGAACCGGUGGCGGCAGUGGUAAAGGCAGUCAUAGAAAAACCGGUGCUAACACGCGAGAAAGAUCCAAUUCAAAGAGACCACUUCCGCGGUAUCAUAUUGAUAGUACCUCUAGUAGCGAAGAAGAGGAGAUCGUGAAUCCAAAGCAAGCGAAAAAAAGGAAAAAGAUCAAUCCAGUGGGUUCGGACAGCGACUGACCACCCAGUGUCUUCAUAUGUCACAUGGACCAUGUCACGUGUGUGCAGCAAGCUAAACUAGCCUUAAGGAUAGUAAGAUAAUAUGAUAUAAAUAGAGAUCUAUUUAGCGCGACUUGUAAAUAUAAUGUACGUUAAGGAUGAAAAAAAAAAAACGCGGAAAGGUAUACA